AUGCCCGGGAGGUGCGCCGCCGGCGCCCGGGGGCUGCGGAGCCUGCCGCUGCUGCUGCUGCUGCUGCUCAGCGCCCGCGCCGCGCUGGUGAGUGCGGGGGCACCGGCGGGGGGCACGGCCGGGGGGCACCGGCACCGCCAGGGGGGCGGCGGGGACCGGCACCGAGCGGGGGGUGAGGGGGGGGAUCGGCACCGGCACCGGGAGGGGGCGGCGGGGACCGGUGCAGGGCGGGGGUCAGCGGGCACCGGCACCGGGAGGGGUCAGCAGGGACCGGCACCGGCACCGGGAGAGGUCAGCAGGGACCGGCACCGGCAGCGGGGACCGGCAGCGGGCGGCACCGGCCCCGCGGAUGAGCUGCCUUCUGGUGACCUGUCUCCAGAUACUUUUGGGCUGUGCAAUUCCCAAAUCCCUGAGGAUUUGUUCUGCUGGAUCACAAAUUCCAGCGAGCUGCUGGCUCAGCGCUGGCGCAAUGAGAACUACGAGCGGCCCGUGGACCUGGAGGGCUCCGGGGACGACGACCCCUUUGGAGAGGAUGAGCUGGACGACAUCUACUCCGGCUCUGGCUCAGGGUAUUUCGAGCCAGAGCCGGGGCUGGACACGGCCGUGAGCCUGACCACAGACACGCUGGUGAUGCUGCCCACCACGGCGGCCGUGCUGCCCAUCACCGCCGCCCAGCCCGUGGCAACGCCCCUGGAGCCAUCCCCGACCCCCCAGGACACCACCCCCGGACAGGCCACCAGCGCCUUCCUCAUCCCCAGGACCACAGAAGCGCCGGUGGUGCCCAGCUGGAAAGCCACCACCACCACCACCAGCACCACGGCCAGCGAGCCCCCAACCACCACAGCCACCACCACCACCACCACCAUGGCCACAACUACCACCACCACCACCACCACCACCAUGGCCACCACCACCACAAGCAGCACCACUGUGGCCACAGCCAAGCCCACCACCAUCCGCAGGUUCCUGCCCCCCUUGGCCACCAAGGCGGCCACCACCCGGUCCACCACCCUGGAGACCCCCACCACGCCCGUCCCCGAAACCAGCACACCGACAGAGGUGGCCACGUCACGCCCUGUCCCCACCAGCACGGCCAGGCCCAGGGCCCUGCCAAAGCCCAGCACCUCGAGGACUGCAGAGCUCCCCGAGAAAAGCACGGCCUUGCCGCCCACGGCCACCACACUGCCGCCCACAGAGGCUCCCCAGAUGGAGCCAGGGGAGGUGACAACAGCCCCCGACAAGGAGCCGGAGGUGCCAGCCAGCAGUGGCCCCAGCGGGGACUUCGAGAUCCGGGAGGAGGAGGAGACGACUCGUCCCGACAUCGGGAAUGAGGUGGUGGCUGUGGUGACACCGCCAGCAGGGCCGGGGCCUGGCAGGAACGUGGAGACGGGGCUGAUGGACAACACGAUAGACUCGGGCAACUCGGCCGCUCAGCUGCCCCAGAAAAACAUCCUGGAGAGGAAAGAGGUGUUGAUAGCGGUGAUCGUGGGUGGCGUGGUGGGCGCCCUUUUCGCCGCCUUCCUGGUGAUGCUGCUCAUCUACCGCAUGAAGAAGAAGGACGAGGGCAGCUACACCCUGGAGGAGCCCAAGCAGGCCAACGUCACCUACCAGAAGCCCGACAAGCAGGAGGAGUUCUACGCGUAGACGGAGAGCCCGGAGUGCCUCACGCUUCCUCCCUCCCUCCCUCCCUGCUCCAAACCCUCCUCUUCCUGUCCUCCAUCCAGUCUCUCUCUCCCCUCCCUCCUCUCUCUCUUUUUUUGGGAUCAGACUGUGAAUUUUUAAAAGCAAAACCUGCAGCGGCUGAAGGAGGAAACGUGUCCUUGGCAUGGGGGGCACGGGGUGCCCGGAGCAGUGCCGCGGUCACACCGAACAUCGCCGAGGUGACACCGAGCAUUGCUGUGGUCACACUGCGCAGCGCCACGGUCACACCAACCACCCCAAGGUGACACUGAGCACUGCUGAGGUGACACUGAGCACCCCAAGGUGACACUGAGCAGUGCUGCAGUCACACGGAGUGUGCCCAGGUCACAUCGAGCAGUGCCCAUGUCACAUCGAGCAGUGCUGCCGUCACACGAGUAGCACUGAGGCGACACUGAGCAGUACCACGGUCACACCGAGCAGUGCCGAGGUGACACCGAGCAUGCCCAGUCACAUCAAGCAGCGCUGCCGUCACACCGAGCAGCACCAAGGUGACACCAAGCAGUGCCAUGGUCACACCAAGUGCACCACGGUCACAGCGAGCAGCGCCACAGUGACACCAAGCAGUGCCUGGGUCACAGCAAGCGGUGCCGUGGUGACACCGAGCACACCUGGGUCACACCGAACAGUGCCGUGGUCACGCUGAGCACCCUGAGGUGACACCAAGCAGCGCCAAGGUGACACUGAGCAUGCCCAGGUCACACCGAGCAGCGCCACAGUCACACUGAGCAGCCUGAGGUGACACUGAGCACACCACGGUCACAGCAAGCACACUGAGGUGACACUGAUCACCAUCUGGGUCACACUGAGCACCCUGAGGUGACACCGAGUGCACUGCGGUCACACCGAGCGCCACCUGGGUAACACCGAGCACCGCCUGGGUGACACCGAGCACCGCUGGCCUUUCUGCUGGCGGGAGGGACGGGACAUGGAGCCGAUGCCAAGGAGCCGAUGCCAGGGCAGCCGUGCCUGGGAAUGCCCUGGAGAGCACGGGAUGGGCUGCCCACGGUGCCUGGAGCUCAACUGGACUUUUCCCACCACCACCACCACCACGAACUCUGGGAUUCAGACACCUCCUGCCAGCCCUGGGGCGCAGGGGGUUUGCUUUGGAUUUAUUGCCCUUUUUUUUCCGUCCAUAAAGGAAGGAGAUUUCCUUCCUCCUGUCUCGUCUUUAUUUUUUGGUUUUCCUUUGGAAUGGGGUUGGUCGCUCUGCAGGAAUCUCCUUCUGCUGGAAGAGAGAACGUGACUCUCCAAUGCUCCUGGAACCUUGGGAAAAGCACAAGGGGCUGGAAUACCUGGGAUUGGCUCCUGGAGUGGGGAAAAAAGGAAAUAAAUACAAACCCCGGGAAUUAUCCCUUGGAUCAACAUUCCAAAGAGCUUGUGGAGCUGCACUGGGACAUCCCAGGCCACUGCCAUCCGGCCACCCCUGGAAUCUCUUGGAUCCCCACCUGGCUGAGGGGUUUGGCUAGGAAGGGACUUGGCUUGGGCUGGGUUUUCACUGUGACCGCUAAAGCUCAGCUUUGCUGGACAUUCCUUGGGGAGGAGCUGGGAGUGGAGAAGCUGAAUCCUGUGCCUGGCUCUUCCAGAGGGGAUAAGAGAGCUCUGCAGGGCGUGGGAUGCAGCCUGAGGGAGGAAAUCCAAGCAGGGACCAUCCCUGUCCCCUCAGGGUCCAGCAGGGAUCCCACCGAGGUGAGGAAGGGGAGGCAGAACCACGGCUCAGCCCCAGGGCUGGUUGGAUCAUUGGAAAGAUCCCAAAAUCGAUGGAAACACCCAGGAUUGAUGGUUUCCCUUUGUUUUUUGAAUCCCCAGGACUGAUGGUUUUCCUUCAUUGGUGUUUAAAUCCCGGCACAACCAACGGGGCUGGAGAGAACCCAACCCUGCCACACCCCGGGUGUCCCUCCGAGGCUGCCCAGGGUGCAGAUUAAUUAAUUAAUAUUUCAAUUAAGGUUGUUCAAUGAGGCGGCUCUUAAUUAGCUGGAGCCCUGUUUGUGGGGUUUUGUUGUCACAAUGGUCGUGAUCUCGAUGGGGUCCCCUGGAGACCUUUGAUUUGCUCUUGGAACAAUUUAAAUGGGAAAAUCUGGGGGAAAAUCGUUGCUCUGUGAAUUAACAGAGCCAGGGACACUUUGGCCCCUGAGGGGGUUGGGGGAUUUAGGGUUUCGUGGCCCUGGUGGGGGUAUCAGGACAGAAGAGCUUCAUGGUGGAAGGGAUUUGAGGCCAGAAGAAUAUUUUUAAUAAAUAUAAAUACAUAUCUCCACUCCCGUACACCCACAGUAACACAGGUGUGGAAGGAAAUGAAAUCCCUGGAAUCUCUCAGUGCACUGGGAUGCUUGGGUGGGAUUUGGAGUUGGGAAAUUGGGAGCUUUGGGCUGCUUUUCGCUGGGAUACAACCCAAAAUGACGACCUGGCUUUACUUCAGGAUAGGGAACAGAGCCCCACACGUGGGUCAACUCUAAAUCCUCAUUUUUGAGUUGUCAGCCUCAAAAUCCUCGUGGUUUGGGUUCUUGGAGCUUGGAGAAGGCCCUGAAGGAUGUUUGGGGUGGUGGUGCUGGGAGUGACCAUUUCCAUGUCCAUCCCAGAAGGAGGAUGAGGAUGAGGAUAAGGAUGAGGAUGAAGGAUGAGGAUGCUCCAAAGGAGGGAACACACUCGGAAGGAGCCUGGUGCCAACCCAGAGCCACUUUGUGCUGCUCCAGAGGGAGUUUGGACUCCUGGAUUUGAUGAUUUGGAGGAUUUUGGCCCUGCUGGGAUCACACAAAGGGGAGUGGCACAAGUCAAGGUCACCAAGGUCACCCAAAAUCCCCAUCUUUUGGGAAAACCUGGAUUUAAUCUUUGGAGCUUGCUUAAAAAAAAUAAAAAUCCCUCCCAGCUUAAUCUUUUUAAUGCUGCUUUUCAGAGCUGCCUCCUUAAUCUUCUUCAUUCCAUUUUUCCCUCCUAUUUAAUAGUCUGAAGUUCCAUAAUACAAUUUUUUUACUCACUCAAGCUUAACCUCGUCCCUCUCAGCUGGUGUUAGGUUGUAAUCCCGGCACUUAAAUCCAUCACAGCUUCGGGAGUGAGGGAAGCUGGAGGUGGGAGGGUGAGAGGAGCCUGGGCAGGGCUUCUGCAGCAAUUAAAAUAUGAGAUAAACACAAUAAAAAAAGGUGAAGGCAACUAAAGUGCUAAUCAGAAGUGAUGAAAUAAUUCAUUAUCUCCUGCUCCCACACUUUUGCUCUCCACCUGGAGAGGGAUGUGAGCUCCAGGAGAGUUUUUGGGUUUGGAGCCAAAUUUUGUGGGUGAUGUCACAGCCUCUUGUGUCAGCUCAGCUCCACGGGGGCUGUUGGAGUCAAUGUUUGAAGGGCAAAAAAAAAGUCUUGUUCUGGAAAAUGUGACCCUGUGCCUCCCUCCAGGGAGCUGGGAUGGAGCUGAAUAUGGCAGGAUUUUUUUGGGGAAGUCCAUCUCCCCAAAUAAUCCUGGAUAAAGCCAUUUCUCCAUGAGCAGAGCCACGGGGAUGGAUAAACCCGAGGUGCAGGUGGAGGCAGCUGCUCCCUCCUGCAGCCACUCCUGCUCCGGGGCUUUCCAGGGAUUCCUGGUGGGAACACGGAUGGGGAAGAGGAGAGGAGGCUCCACACAGCAGGAGCCAUUCCCCAGAGCAGAUUUUUGGAGAACUGAACCCCGGUGGGAGUGGAAGUGUCUCUGGCACCAUCCCUUCCCAAAGCCGAGUCUGGCACCGUUCCCUCUGCCCAAAUCCCCAUCCCUCACACUGAUCCCAGCCAGGAGCAGCUGGAGCAGUGCCCAGAUGUGCUGGUCCUUCCAGCUGUGCUCCCUGAGGAGCAUGGCUUUUCCAUUUCUUUUCCACCCGUUCCUGCGUGUGUGUGAUGUGCUGGAGCCGCAGGGAGAACCUUGGCUGUUCCAGCUGGAUAAUUUGAGGAGUUUCUGGAAUUGCAGGGUGGCGUGGGCUGCUCUGCCAGCUGUGCCAGCCUUGGGGCUCUCCCUGCUGGAACUGCAGUAGGAGAAUGAUGGAGAAUAUCCCGCAGGAGAACAGCCAGGAACUCCUAGGCCACAUCCAAAGGGAAGGGAAGAGCAGGGAGCCCAAACCAGGGCUGGAAUGGGGAGUUUGGGAAGGGCAGGACAUGGAAGGGGCCCAGCAGCAGCAGGACCUGCCCUGGGUGGGUUUUGCAGGGUGGGAGUUGUCCCUGUGCUCCAAAAAUCUCUCUGCUCUUGGAUCUUUCAAUGAAAAGCACCAGGUGCCUGUUGGGAUGGAGCUGUCCCCUAGCUCCAAAAACUGCUCUGAUUUUGGACCUUUCCAGAACAAGCCGUGCUGGGGGGAUCCAGCUGCAGGGAAGGGGAUGGGACCAGGAUGGCUCGGGCUGGGUGACUGCCAGGAUGGGCUGGUUUGCCUCAAAUUCCCCCUCUCCCUCCCCCAUUCCCCCAACAAUCCCUGUCUGGGAAUCCCUUUGCUCAUCUCCAGCUCCAGCAUUCCGAGCUCUCCGUGCUGUGAAUCCCCAGCUCAGCUCCUUCCACAGGAACAAACCCACCAGCCAAGAACUGGAAUGGAUUUUUUAAUUCCCUUUUCCUCCCAUAACCACCCUUGUCAGGACCUUUUCCGUGCUCCAAGGUUUUCUGCCGGGCUCUGAAGUAACUCUGAGCUUUCAAUCCAGAAAGGUUUGUGGGGAAUGAGCUCCCUGGGAUCCCGGGAGAGGGCUGGGGCUGUCUGUGUGUGUAUAUAAUGUGUGUAUGUAAUUAAUGUAUAUGUAGAGAUGUAUAGGUGGGCAUGGGGCCAGGGGGCUCUGCCCCUGAGGGGGAAAAGGAGGAGGAAAAAGAGGAAAAUAAGGAGGAAAAAGAGGAAAAGGAGGAGGAAAAGAGGAAAAGGAGGAGGAUUUGUCCUCCAGCACCUCGUGCUGGGCUCUGCAGCCCUUAGCCCCUGUCCCAAGGAAUGUGGGAUUCAGCCUCAUUCCCUGUCCCAAGGGAUGCGGGAGUCCCUGCCCAUGGGAUGUGGGAUUUCCUGUCCCAAGGAAUGUGGGAUUCAGCCUCAACCCCUGUCCUAAAGGAUUCAGGAUUCCUCCUCAUUCCCUGUCCCAAGGGAUUUAGGAUUCAGCCCUGGCCCCAUUUCCAAGGGAUGUGGGAUUCCUUGUCCUAAAGGAUGUAGGGUUACCCCUCAUUCCCUGUCCUGAAGGAUGUGGGAUUCCCCAUCAUUCCUUGUCCCAAGGGAUGCAGGAUUCCCUGUCUCAAAGGAUGUGGGAUUUAGCCUCAUUCCCUGUCCCAAGGGAUGCAGGAUUCAGACUUGGCCCCGCUCCCAAGGGAUGCGGGAUUCCCGCUCCUAAGGGAUGUGGGGCUCCCACUCAUUCCCUGUCCCAAGUGAUGCAGGAUUCCACCUCUCCAAUUCCUGCUGCUCCUCUCUCUCCUCCCUGCCCUUCACAUCCCCCCGAUCCCAAUCCCAAUCCCGAUCCCAGUCCCAAUCCCGAUCCCAAUCCCGAUCCCAAUCCCAGUCCUGGUCUCGGUGGGUUGGGAUCACCCAGGUGGGAUCAGGAGCCUUUUAUUGCUGUAGGGCCGGAGCAGAUCCGGGCUGGGAUCCCGGGGUGGAUCCAAAUCCCCGCGAGAUCCGGAGCCUCCCCAGUCCUUGUGCCGGCAGCUCCCCCUUCUCUUACAGGAGCCCCAGAGGGUCUGCAGAUCCCAACUGUUCAUUUCUGUGUUUAUUUCCCCCAUUCUUUUGAUUUUUGGGUAAAAGAACCCCUGAUUUUUUCACACCCCACACUCCAGUGCUUCUCCCAAGACCUCCAGGGCUCCAGGGGUUUUUCCUGCAGGAAUUCCCCCAGUUCAGGGUCCCCCCUGGCCGAAGUCACCCCAGCCCAGCUGACAAUCAAACCAGACUCCCGAAAAACAGGAAUCCAUUGCAGUUUGAUAGAAAAACUUUUUAAAUUCCCCGCCUUCUCUCUCACCACCGCAUCUCCAGGAUAAACCAUCGCCCACUGCUCCUCCUGUAAAUAAACAUCGAACCUUCUUGUAUAAAUUAAAAAUAAAAUAAUUGUAAAAAAAGACAAAAAAAUUCCAUUGAUAAACAUCCCAAAAAUAAAAUUUAAAAAAAAAAUCUCCCUUUCCAGAAGAUUGAAGUAAUUCCAACUUCACUUUUUUUUGGAGCUCAUUUCCAACCCCUAUAGGAGAACAAAACAAAGAUCUGGAACACUACAAACGUUGGAGCUUUCAAUGAAUCCGGGAGGGAAAAAAAUGCAUGUAAAUAUUUUUAAUAGGAGACAUAUCUUAAACAGAACUUUUUUUUGUAUGUACAUAACUCUCCUAGAGUUUAGUACUGAAAUGGCUUCAUAGUGUCUGUUUCGAAAAGGAAAGGAAAAGAAAAUGUUUGUUAAUUGUUUUUGUUCUUACUCAAUGGCCAAAACUUUAAAAAUAAUGACAAAAAAAAAAAAAGACUCUAAAAAUAAUCUUUGCCAAUGGAUCUAGCACUGUAAUGGUACUGUCUAUUUUUUUUAAUUAUUUCUGUGCUGUGCCCAUUUAUAAAAUGAGGAAAAGAUAAAAAAUAAAGUCAUUUAAACAUUGUC